GCCGUGCCAAAAUUAUUAUACCCUCAUUGGAAUCAUUUUCUUCCUGAUACGCAUGCUUCUUUGUCUUUAACUCCAUCUUUAUUCACAUUGAUUCAAUAUGAAGCUAUGCCUGCGAUUCGUAUAUCUUCAUGCUCUGUCAUAACAACAAUGAUCGAUGGGUCUAAACAAUAUUUGGCGGCUGCUGACGAUAGAGAGAUAAAAUCAUCAUUCACUUCGCUUUCCGCAAAAUUAGGUGCGAUUGUAAGAGAACUUCACACUGGAUUACUACAGAUACUUUCUAAAGAGAAUCAUGGCACCAUUUUGAUUCAAUUAUUGAAGUGUUGCAACACUUUGGUCAACAAUACAUCAUAUGAAAGAUUAUCCGGUGGCUACCUUUCCCAAUUGUAUAAUGGAAUUGUUAAAUUUCUCGUUCAUGAAGAUAACAAUGUUCGAAUUUCAACUAUGACACUGAUAUCUAACAUUGUGGAAUGCAAAUCAUGUGUCGAGGAGGUUGAAAAUCUUUUACAAAUCGCUAUCAUAAAUGAGACGUUAGCAAAUGGAACAGGUGCAAUCAAAACUUUGGC